CAAACGGAAAGUGGCGCGUUUGGUGAAGCUUAGGCGGGACAUUCUGCUGACAAACAAGAGACAGGAGCCCUUACAACCAACCGGAUAGCACCAUAUUCGGUGCCAAAGUAACCAGAAAUUUGCGGAAGGCGUGUAAUACUGACACUACAGUCUGCCUUGAAAAGGAGGGCGAGGAAAUUCAGGUCUCUGACAAUCAUACGAGCGUGUGUGCUGGCAAUAUGGCGGGGCAGAAGCGUCCACGGCAGCUGAAGCUUUUAGGAGCUAUGGUGUGGUUCGGUUGUGUUUUAACUGUUUUAGCAGUCCAGCUUCAGCAUGUCAGUGCUCAAACCGAAAGCAGUGUGUUGACAGUCGCUGACUCCAACUGGACCCUUAUUCUGGAGGGCGAGUGGAUGUUAAAAUUCUACGCCCCGUGGUGUCCAGCGUGUCAGCACAUUCAGGCGGACUGGGAGGCUUUCGCCAAACUGAGCCACAGCCUGGGAAUAUCAGUGGGAAAUGUUGAUGUCACACAACAACCAGGUCUGAGUGGGCGCUUUCUGGUCACCUCACUACCAACUAUCUUUCAUGCUAAAGAUGGAAGUUUCAGAAGAUACAUGUCAUCACGGACCAUUGAGGAUAUCCAAGCAUAUAUUGUUCAAAAAAAGUGGGAAACUGUGGAGCCGCUGCCAGGAUGGAAAUCGCCAUCAUCUUUCUUGAUGUCAGGAAUGGCUGGUCUGUUCCGGCUCUCUGUGUGGAUUCGGCAAAUCCACACAUACCUAACCAACACUCUUGGCAUUCCGUCAUGGGGCUCUUAUGUAAUCUUUGCCAUUGUCACGCUGUUCCUGGGCCUUCUCCUCGGCCUGAUGCUGGUGCUGAUCGCAGACUGCAUUUGCCCAUCUAGGCCAAAGUACAAAGAGGAUAAGACUGUUGUACUUCAGAAAUAUGAAGGCUCUGAGGAUGAAGUGGAUGACCCUCUGACAGAGGAGAAGCAUGCAUCUGACCUGGACAAUGAGAGCGAGCGGGUGUCUGGAGAGGAGGAGUUCACGGAGGAGGAAGGAAGCCCUGGCACUGAAGCUGCAGCUGGAAGCAGUGAGCAAUCUACAGACACCUCAGUGAGGAAGAGGAAACCUCAGGGACCAAACAGUCCUGAGGCCACAUAACACUUCAGCAAAGGCUGGAAAUUUGAAAUGCAGUUUACACCAAAAUAGAGAAACUCCACAGCAAAGCUGAAUGCAGCACUGUAAGUGCUGAACACUUAUUUCCUCUUUCCUAAUCAGUGUUUAUCUACCUUAUCCAGCCCGUCCCUGUUUCUGUCAAACCCCACCUGUGGAUUCCAGUAUUUUAGUGUGUAACUUAGGAGAAAUCUUAUAAAAUAAUAGUAUUUGCUUAUAAAAAAAAAAAAAAACUAUUGCCAAGGAUACAUCAUACAACAUGUGACUAUAAUGUUCUUAAAAUUAAAAAAGAAAAAUAAUAUAUAAAAAAAAAAAUAUAUAUAUAUAAUAUUAUAUUAUAUUAUAUUUUAAGAAAUCUCCAAAAACCUGGUUAAUAUUUGUAUUUUGCAUUUAGGAUGUACAUAUUUAUUAUGUACAUACAAAAAUGUUGCAAGUGGAAUGUGUUUUUGUUUACACCAUUGUUGAGUGGAAAAAAAUGCAGCCUUUUUUUUUUUUUUUUUUUUUUUUUUUUUUUUUAAAUAAGUGUAACAACUGAAAGUGCAUGCUUUUACAUUCCAGGGUAUGAAACUGCUUUUGUAAAAGUUAUUUCAGUGAAAGUGACUGAAGGCAUCUGAUGCAGAAGGCACUCUGAGUGUGAGGAGAAUCAUCAUCGUGAAUUAUAGAUUGUCAGCAGGAUGCUCUACAUCAGGGGUUUUCAAAUUUUUAGCAGUCAGGGACCCAUUUAACUCAACAGAUUUAUUUUACAAAGAGACUCUUCAAAAAUUUAGGCACAUUAUUUAAACAUGUACAAUUUUGCCUGUUUACUGGAGCCAGAGAGUUUUUUACUGAACAAAAUUAGAAAAUCACAGACCCCUGAUUAUAUUUUACAAACCACAUUGAGAACCAGGCUUCUGUAUGAUGAUCUCUGAGUUGUUUCAUGUCUGCAUAAGUAUUAAAAAUCUGUUUAUGAAGUAGAGUCGCAAUCGCCUAGCUCUGCUAAUAGGUUCGAUGCAUUCAUUAGAUUAAAUGAAAACUGAGACCAUGUAGUUUACCAUGCAGUAUACAAUACUCAAUAAACUGAAGUAUUUUAAUGGUGAUGCCAGGCCAUUACUUUUGUUGUAUUUAGGCUUGUGCGAUAUAGAUUUUUUUCCCUGCUUGCGAUUUACCAUUUAAGAAAAUUACAAUAAACGAUUUAAUCGUCCAGAACCAACAGGAAAGCGGGCAUUUCCGUAGGGAAUGGUGUAGUAAUAUUCUCAGCUGUGCAAUUAGGAGCUGCUUGCCGCUGUUGAGCCGAAUUCUCCCCAACAGAGUUCGACUCUCCUUCAUGUGCACGUGUUACGAAGUAAACAUACCAGUGCUGCAUAUUUACUCAAGAUUUCAGUUUCUGUUAUUCUCAUUAGAUUACAGUUCAAUUUUAAUUUUUCUACACCGUAAUCACCAGAACUACACCAAAAAAGCCCAAAAGCAUUACAGUGAUAGUGAAUUUUAUCUAAUGAUAUGAAGACUUUGUUGGUGUGGUGUUCUACUGAAUCUGACAGAAUCCGUUUCACCUUUGGCAUUUGCACACCACAGUAGCCUAUUCCUAACAUCUCAUGUUCUCAACAGAUGCAACAGAAAUCUCGAGUAAAUAUGCAGCAUCAGUAUGCCUACUGCCUCAGUACCACAUGUACCCGCAAAUGGGAAUCGGAAUUAGGCAAACACUGGCAGUUGCAAUCAUGGAAAAAGCUGGAUGGUGGAUAUUUAGGUGAUUCUGAUGUGCAUUAAACAGUUAAAAAAAAAAUCCAUAAUAGUAGACUUUCAUUACAUAAUUAUUUUACAAAUCUAAUGUCCACAUGGCUGAUAUUUUCUCUUUUGAUGCUGCUCAGUGUUUGAACAUGUCUGAGUGCUGAACAGUGCAGGAGAGCAAAUAAGUGUAUUUAGUCACUUUCCAAUUAAAAUUAUUAGAUUUAUUACUUCACUGUAGGCCUAUUUCAUCUUUUUAUGUCCACAUCUUUGUAAGAGCUUUUUUUUGACCAUUUUUGCCCAAAAUUUUUGGUGGCAUUCCUGAUAAAUGUAUAUUAAAUAUAUAUGUUAAAUAUAUAUACUUGUCUAAUGUUAGCUGAGUCGAACAUACACUGAUAUUAAUAUUAUUAUUUAUUAAUAAAAGAUAUUAAUAUAAUAUUAUUUCACAUUAAAGAAAUCAAAACUUUCUCCAUUUAACUUGACAGAAAGCGAGGGAGCUCCAAACACCUGCGCAAAUCAUUCCAGAUUAAUAUGUCAGUUGGCUCAUCUAUAGUUUUACUGGGGAGAAAAAGACUGCUCUUUUGGCAUAUUUGUCACUGAUAACUCAUACAAGCUUAUUCUGUUGUUGUUAUUAUUCUGUUAAAUUGCGGCGCUCCUAUGAAAAAAGGUGUGUAGUGUUUGGCAGAUCUGGUAAUAUGGCAGUGUAGUAUUGUGUAUCGCACAAGCCUUGUAUGGAUGAAGCUUAAAAAUAGACAGUGUUUAAAUUUGUUGGGUAUUUAUGGAUGUUGUUAUUUGUGUGUUUUUGCAACGUAUUGGGACAAGUUAUUUUUAGAGCAAUGAACGUGGAUACAAUUUACAAUUUGGUAGCACAUAAUAAUUACAUCCAUUUCUUCCAGUAAUUUUGGAGGACUUCAUUGACAUAGAUGCAAUGUUUGAGUGAUGCUAUGAUAUGCUGUUAUAUAUAUAUUUUAUACUAUUGACUGUUGAAAUUUGGAAUAUAAACUGUUAAUCAUGUUUUUGUGUCAUACAUAUUUAUACUACACCAAACACACAUAUUGAUGACAUUGCAAUCUUGGAGAUUAAACAGACAUUCAGGUCAAUGCAGUAUUUUAUGGUCCCACUGGUAAUUUUGUGUAUAAUUUUUUAAAUCAAAUUAUAAUGCAUGGCUAAUAUUAUGAUAAGUUUGUUCAUUACCUGAAAAACUAAUGUAAAUCAUACACAUUAUUUUACAUUUUUUCUAUUUUUUCCUUUGAUUUAAAGUUGGAUGGAAGUUUAGAUAACGUCCUCUGAACUCAGGAUGUGUGGGAUACAGAGAUGAGAAGAGCACUGCAAUACUGUUACAUAAAGCUGCAGAGGAGGCUAUAUAGCGAGAAGGAUCUAAACCAGCAGGAAUAUUAACAGCCUACAACCUACACAGCAAUGUGGUGCAGGAUGUGCUCAGAGGGAUAUCUUUCCUCUUGAGGAAAUAUAUGCCUAUUAACCCGAUUAAGAAUUACACCUUUAAUCACACAUUCAAUCAGUCGUAAUGGGUUCCUUCUCUAGACUGCCUUUUCCUUUUUGCAUGUAGAAGAAUUGUGUGAAGGCACUAAUGCAAGGUUGUGGGGUUCAUCCUAUUUUUUACACACAGCA